AUGUUCACUAGAGAAAUUUACGAUUACGAACAGUUAUAUAGUCUUGAUGUUCUCGGAGUUGAAGACCGUGGUGAAAAUGAUCAAAUGCAAGUGCUUGCUGAGUUUCGAGAGAACAUAACCAGACAAGAAGAUGGCAGAUACCAAGUUAGCAUACCAUGGAUUCCAGGGAGUAAGUUGACAACUACAAACGAACAGCCAAGCAGAAGACGACUGUUCAACGUGAACAAAAAGUUAGCGAAAGACGAAAACCUGAAGCAAGAAUAUGAGAAGAUUAUCGAUGAUCAACUAGCAAGCGGUGUGAUUGAGAAAGCCCCAGACGAGCCGUCAGGAGAGCGAGUGUACUACAUGCCACAUAAGCCAGUCGUAAGGCAAGACGCAGCGACAACGAAAGUGAGAAUGGUCUUUGAUGCGAGCUCCAAACCCCAUCCACUAGCAUCCAGUAUUAACAAUUGUAUGUUUACUGGGCCUCCCCUCCAACCGUUAUUGUGGGAUAUUAUGGUCAGAGCAAGAAUGUCGUCAAAUCUGCUUCUUGCAGACAUUCAAAAAGCCUUUUUACAGAUAGCAAUCAAAGAAGAAGACAGAGAUGCCUUCAGAUUCCUCUUCGAGCGCGACGAAAAAGAGGAACAUUUUCGGUUCGCCAGAGUUCCAUUCGGGGUUGAAGCCAGCCCAUUCUUACUCGGUGCUACAUUAGAAUACCACUACGACCAACAAUCACCAGAAUUAGAGGAAACAGUGACUGCCCUUAGAGAAAAUACGUAUGUGGACAAUAUCAUGCAAACGGGAAAUAACAUUGAUAAGUUGGAGAAGUUUAAGAAAGAAAGUGAAGUUAUUCUUGAGAGUGCAAAAUUACCGAUUCACAAGUGGGAGUCGAACAUCGCGACAUUAGAGGAUGAGAACAUGUCAAAUCCUAGCAAAAUCCUUGGUCAUGUUUGGGACAAGCGUGAAGACACUCUAGAAAUACAAGUACCAGCAGUACCUGAGACAGAACCAGUUACGAAACGAAGCAUCUUGAGUCAGCUUGGCAAAGUGUACGACCCAUUGGGAAUAAUAUUGUAA